AUGACAAGAAAGCGCACCCACGCGAAGAGGGCCCCGACGAAGAACGUCCGUUUCAAUCAGGGAGAAGACGGGGAUGCUGACAUCGACACGUCCCCAGCCAAGUCAAGGACGAGAGCACCUAAGCCUCGAUCGCGCAAGAGAGCUGCAUCGCCCUCUAACAGGGUCCAGCACCAGGCCACUGUCACGGCUCAGACCAUCGGUCCCGCUUUAUUGCCGUACUCGGCCGAGGGGGGCGCACAGAAGACGGACUUGAUGGCAGUGGGACGUGUGGAGAUUAACUUUCUCGAGCAUGAGAAGUAG